UCUAGAAGAAGGAAAUAAACAAAACAAAAUCCUAAAAGGAUUAGGAAUGAUGGUACAGCAGUAUAUAAACAAUGCUAGGCUACGUUCUCUCUUCACAACUCAUCAUUCAUAUCAAUCAACACAACACAACUCAACUUUCUCUCUGCUUCAGAUCUCGCAACCUUUGUUCCUCCCUUGUCAAUUUUGUUCAUCUAAUCAUGGCCAUGACAAUGAAGAAGAUCUUACUCUUCGUGCCGCUGUUGAUAACAACCUUCACGGUUCUCUUUGGUUCUUGCUCGGCUACUGUCUACACCGUUGGAGACUCGGCUGGAUGGAUUGCCAAAGAAGGCUUCUAUCACGAAUGGACCAAGGAAAAGGUGUUUUACGUAGGAGACUCUUUGGUCUUCAACUACGAUCCCCACGUCAACGACGUUACUCAAGUUUGGGGAGCUUUAGAAUUAGAAUUCUGCGAUACUUUUUCUCCUAAAGCCGUCUACAGGACAGGACAUGAUGUGGUUACCUUCACGGAACCCGGAGAUCACUACUUCAUCAGCUCAAAUCAAGCUCAAUGCACACUUGGACAGAGCCUCGACGUUCUUGUUGUUCAUGACCUGUCACGUCCUAUUCCUCCACCACCACCGAGCAAGAUCCUUCCUUCCGGGGAAAUCUACAGGGUCGGUGACUCUAAAGCAUGGAGGGUUCCUGAAGAGAGUGACUACUAUAACAAGUGGAGUGAGGAUAAAUUGUUUCAUGUAGGAGAUAGUCUACUUUUCGAAUACGACAACGAAGUAAACGACGUCUUAGAGAUUAGCGGUGACCUUGAAUUCAUAACCUGCGACCCGUCUUCUCGCGUAGCCGUGCACAAGACGGGCCAUGAUCUCGUUACGCUCACCAAACCAGGAGUUCACUAUUUCAUUAGCUCAGAGACGGGUCACUGCGCGGCUGGGCUUAAGCUUCGAGUUGUGGUCGGACCAUUACCCAAAGCCGUUACUUUCACCGAUUUUCCCAAGAAGAUGGAUUUGUCAGCUAUGGACCGACUCACAAAGUGGUUAAGCACUUUCAUACCCCAACCCCAUCACUAAAGUUUUCGUUGUUAUUUCUUUGGUUUGAAAUUAGCUAAUCAGAGUUUAUCUAAUUACUGGUUCAGUGGUUGUAAUUUUGCAAACUCUCUGUUUUUCUUUUCCUUGUUUCGUUAAGACCCAAGUUUGUUUAGUUCUGGUUUUCAGUACUGAUGUAACGUUUCAGAUUUGAUUCAUUAUAAUAUAA